AAGUAGCAACUGGAAACAAAGGGGAACAUGCAUGUGACAAGGGCUCUUUCAAAUUAUAGGAGGAAUGCGGUCGAGCUUUCGGCGGCGGCGGCGCCGCACUCGGGUAUAAUGGUGUUGAGAGGGCGAGAAGGGGCGGAUGCAGAUGAAGGAAGAGGGCUUUUCCAAAACGGGUACGCGAAAGGAUUAUUAAAGAACCUCCCACUGCCUUCGAACGCGAUGCUUAUCAACACAGACUCGGAUUUCGGAGAGUAUUUCUACUUCAUCCCUGUUCUUCAUCAACCUUUGUCUUCAAAUCGCUACCAUGUCAUCCAUGCUGAUGGAAAAUACAAAGGGUUAGCUGUUAAGUGUUCAACCGAAGAUGAUAUGAGUUACUGUUGCUCAAGAAGGAUCAUACAAGACAUUGAACCAAAACCCUUUGAUCAUAGGGAUCAAUACCAACAGUUCAGGAUCUGCAGUGAUGAUGUUGGUCGUUUUUAUGCAAAACCCAUUGUUCCUCACAGUUUUCCCCCCACUUUUCUAAGGUUCAAAUUCACCCUUUUUGUGGAAAACAAGAGGGUACAUCACUUGCAAGACAAUGCUCGAGGGCUCGAUGACUCGAUCCGGUCACAGCUCCCGGAACUCGAUUCCGGGACAAACAUGAUUAUCGGGAAAUGGUAUACCCCAUUCGUGUUCGUUAAAGAAAGUAGCAUGAUGAGGGUUCAAAUGGAGAAAUCAUUGUUUUACAUAGUGACAUUAGAAAAGUUAUGGGAAAAGAUAUGUUCAUGGGAGAAUGAUGGGAGUAGUAAAGGGGAUGUUAUGACAUUGAAUGUUGAGAUAAAAAGGGAAAUUGAUUUCUUGUUUGGGGUUGAAGUUUUGAGAGGGAGUGAAAUGGAUAAUGAAGGGUUUGUUUGGUUUAGAUAUGGUGGUGAGAAAUUAGGGUUGAGUUUGGCGGUUUUGGAGGGAAUGAGGUGGUUGGAAGAGUUGGUGGGGUGGGUAGAUGGGGUUGAGAGGGUUGAAAGAGUGGUGGAGAUUGGUGGUGGGUGGAGGAGAAUUGAUUGUUAUGUGUUGGUGGAGAGGUUUGCUUUAAGAAGAAUGGAUGGGACUUUGGUACUUAAUUGUGGUUUCAGGCAUACCCAUGAGAUUAGAACUAAAUGGGAAUAGGAUUAAUAUACUAUUUGUGCAAUUUGGUACUUUUUUUGUUAAAAUAUUUCAUAACUCUUUGUACUCUUUGAAAAUUUGAAAUUUAGUCCAUGUAUUUUUAUUUUUAAAAUUAUAGUCUCUCUACUUUUCAAAUUUCAAA